UCUUUCUUUUUUUAAAUUUAUUUUUAUUUUUAUUCAUUUUUUCUUUUAGCUUGUUUCUGGGGCCAGCGGAACUCUUUAAGGGCGAAAAGACGCGGGAUUAUUAGAUUUCAUUAAAUUUUUUUGCAUUGAUAUAUUUUUUAUUUUUAGGUGCGUGUGCGUACAGUGCGCAUCAUUCCCUGUGAUUCCCCCUGUACGCGCAAGAGAGGCAAUGCGCCCACCCAGGCGAUGCUAGCCUAUUAGCUGAAGAGAAAGGCAGAGAGAGAGAGAGAGAGAAGGAGAGAGGGAAAGAGAGAGAGAGAAGCACAGAGAGAGAAAGAGGGAGAGAGGCUUCAAGUCCUGGAUCUUCUAGAGGAAGCUAAUUUACGAGUCUUGUUUUGCCUUUCAGGAAGGGGGGAAAAAAACCCGGAGAGAUAAGAAGGGGAGGGUGGUCGGUGAAGGAGAAUGCAGCAAUCACAUUUUUAAGCAUGCAGAAGCGGGCCGUUUCCGGUUCCUAGGCUCGCCGUAUCAUCUCCCCCCCAUCCGACGCCAAGCAGCAGCAGCCGUAUGGGGAAAGCAGAGGCAGACCCAGAUGGCAUGGACACUUCCACGACGUCUGCCGCUCUGCCCCGCCUGCCCUGCCGGAGCCCGUUCGCUGCCGCUGCCGCCGCCGCCGCCGCCGCCACCGCCGUCUCUCUCCUCCAGCUCGCUCCGCCGCCCAGCAGCACUGCAGCACAGCACAGGCUGACGGCAUGAGGCUGGAUCCGGUGCAUCUCUCCAUGCUGGUCAUCGGGGUCUCCUUCGCCUGCUACGCCCCGAGCCUCAACUCCCUCCAGGACCAGGCGUACCGAUCGGCCGUGGUCAUCGAGGGCGAGGUGCGCUCCUCCCCGGAGAACGUCUCCGCCACCGAGCCCUACAGCGUGAAUGUCAGAGUGCUGGAUGUGUGGCCCGUCAACAGCGGCGGCCUCGAGAGGGAGCAGCUCGUGACCGUCGGGGACUUCGGCUCCGAGGCGCCCUGCACCACGGUGGAGAAGGACCACAGGUACAUCUUCUUCAUGGACCCGACCGCCGAGCCCCUGGUGUUCAAGGCGUCCUACGCCCCCGUGGACGCCAGCGAGCCGGAACUGAAGAAGAAUGUGGAGAGAGUGCUGUGCGAGGACUGCGCGUCUGCUCCCAAGCUGAGGCCGAUGCGAGGCCAGUCUCUGCUGGAGGGGGGCAAGAUGUACUUGAAGUGCGAGGCGUCGGGGAACCCCAGCCCUUCCUUCCGCUGGUACAAAGACGGACGCGAACUGCAGAAAGGCAGAGACCUCAAAAUCAAAACCAACGUAAAAAAUUCAAAGUUGCAGAUCACCCGUGUCCGUCUGGAAGACUCCGGCAACUACACCUGCGUGGCUGAAAACUCGUUAGGACAAGAAAACGCCACGAGUAUCAUCACCGUGCAGAUCUUGACCACCACCACCCCAUCUCCAGGUGUGAGUCACGUGAGGCGCUGCAACGACUCAGAAAGGGCCUACUGCGCUAACGGAGGAGACUGUUACUUUAUACACGGUUUUAACCAGCUGUCCUGCAAGUGUCCCAAUGACUAUACGGGGGACCGCUGUCAAAACUCCGUCUUGACCAGUUUCUACAAAAUGAGGUCUAUUAACUAUAGCAAUCUUUUCAAAAAUGGAUUUAUGGAGGCAGAGGAGGUCUACCAGAGGCGGGUGCUGACGAUCACAGGCAUCUGCGUGGCCUUGUUAGUGGUCGGCAUCGUGUGUGUGGUGGCCUACUGCAAAACCAAGAAGCGGAGGAAUCAGAUGCAGCGUCACCUACAUCAAAACCAGAAUCAGUUCAUGGAGCAGCCAAACCGCGUGCUGGCUAACGGUCCCAACCACCCUGGGCCCGGUCCGGAGGAGAUCCCCAUGCUCGAUUACAUCCCAAAGAGCGUCCCAACGACGGAGUGUGUGAUCAGCCAUGGAGCUGAGGGUGCUGGCAACUAUGCAGGCAGUCGAAUGUCAACCCGCUCCCAUCACUCCACCACUGCCUCACAUGCUUCCAGACACGAGGAGCAGACGUGGAGCAUGGAGCGGACAGAGAGCGUAAACUCAGACUGCCAGUCGGGUGGGCUCUCCAGCUCCGUGGGAACCAGUAAGUGCAGCAGCCCGGCAUGCAUGGCGAGGCGGGCCGCCAACUACGGCUGCACAGACGUGUCAGGAAUGGGGAUGCAGUACGGGGACUCUUACGACUCUCUAAGAGACUCGCCUCACAGUGACAGAUAUGUGUCGGCGCUGACCACGCCGGCGCGGCUGUCUCCUGUGGAGUUCCACUACCCCCCUCUGCCGCCCCAGGUGCCCAUCUUCCAGAUCACCUCUCCCAACACAAGCCACGCCCUCUCCCUGCCCCCUGCUGCCGCGGCUUACCACAGAGACGACGACCAACCGCUGCUCAGAUGCCCCGAAGACGGAAGUUUAUACCGGCAGCCCAGAAGACCCCGGCGGCCCUACCUGACUGAGAGCACAGGAAGCCUACCGUCCAGCCCCUACCACCUCCCGGACGACGAAGCCUACGAGACGACGCAAGAGUACGCCUCCUCCCGGGAACCCAUCCGGAGCCGGCGCCGGCCGCGGCGCAACCGCCUGAACGGCCACGCGACCCAACGCUCAGCGGGCUUCCGGGACUACAGCUCGCAGAGCUUCAGUCAGUCGGAGGAGGAGGAGGACGAGGACGAGGACGAGGACGCUCACGGGGAGAGCACGCCUUUCCUCAGUAUGCAGAACAUGAACAUGGACCAGCCGCUGACCGGCUCGGGGUACCGCUCAGCGUCCGGCGCGGACACACGGACUCACCGCGGGCUGAGUCGGCCGAGCGCGCGCAGCAACGGGCAGAGCCGCAGCUCCCAGUCACAGCGCUCCAAAGCCGACAACAUGCCCCUUUAAGACCGGACCUGCCCCGACACCCACCCGAGACACCCACCCCCACCCCGCCACCUCACACACCUCCUCUCCUCCUUCCUUCCCUCCUUCCUUCACGGAACCAGUGGACUAGAGACCUGCACCUAGGAGAAAUAUUUUUAUUUUGUAUAACAGACAGAUAUUCUAAACAAAUGAAAUAUUUAUUUUCAUUUCAGCAAAAAUUGUCUACUAGCUAACAGCAAAGACUUUUUUUAUAACAGGGGGGAUAUUUCUAUGUGAAGUUUUUUGAUUUACAGCAUUAUGAGAGACGAAAAGAGGAGAAUUACGUGCCAAUUUUUUCACAAGUUAGAUAAAUAGAAUAAUAUUGUGGUGCCUUUUGCUGUAUGCUGAAGUCGGAGGUCCCGUUGAGUUUUUGUAGCUUUUCUUAUAAAGACUCCUCAUUUUUAUAGAGACCAACCCUCUUCCUUCCUAUUGCUUUGCUUUGGGUUUGUUUUUAUUAUUAUCAUUAUUAUUAUGUUUCGCUCUGAUUUGGCAUCUUCCUCCUUUUGAACUGUGAUCUGAUCAUGUCAUCAUGCAAUAUCGAUUCCUUCUGUGUACCAGGUGUGUUUACAUGAGUCCGCCCCGCCCGCGCGGCGGUCCAGCCGGAUGUGCGGGGUGGAUUCCUCUGACGAACCCACAUCAGUCAUCAGUCCGCCACCCGUCGCGCAUCUUCCCGUAGUUUCUGUCGGAAAAGAAGGGCGCUCAGGUGUUGUAUGUAGAGGGACGGCGACCUCAGAUAUGCGUGUAGGUGUUCAGGGUGCUGUCACUACAUUAAUGUGUGUGUGUGAGGUUUUCAUGACGCCCAGUUUGCGGUCCCUCACCUGACGCCACGCUGCCAGAAGCUCCACUGCACUGUAAGCACCUCCCUCGCGCGAGCCAGGGAGCCGCCCGACCCGAACUGAACCAGAACUGAGUCCAGUUGUAAUAUCCAGCCUGACUCUGGCCUCCCGUGGACUGCCUGCCCCCCACCCCCACGCGUUUCCUAUGCCAGCAGCUUAGAGCCGCACUGUGUCUCAGGACUUUCCCCAUCGCAUCACAGCCGAACGACUCCCCACGAUCCCUCCGCCGUCCCCCAUCAUCCCAGUGUCAGAUCAGUCCACGCGGCCAGAACCCACACCACCGCCCACCCGCACUCACUUCCGUCGAGUUAAUAGAAGGGGAGGAAAAACAUGAAAAAUAAAACUCAUAGCUACGAGUUUAGGGCGCUGAAGUUGGGGACGGGAUUGGAAAUUCACAUAAAAAAAAAAAAAAAUUAAUAUUCAAAAAGUUGUAUGAAUGAAUGAAUGAAGCCGUUGUGGCGAGGAUACAUCCGGGGCCUUUCUAAAAUAAUGCCUCACGCCAACCUCCCCACAACCCCCCCUCUAUGCUCCCCCCUUCACCGAGAGGAUGACGUCAUACCGGCUCCUUACUCCUGCAAGUGCAGCUCAGAAAAUUACAAUAUCAUCAAAGUGGUUCGGUCACUAAUCCAAUUCAAAAGUGGAACUCAUAUAUUACACACAAAUCGACGCAUUCCAGUCAUUCGGUGGUCUUUGUGUUCUUCUCCAUUCUCCCGGAAGUAGACUACAAGGUCUACUUCCGGGAGAAUUUCUAAUGGACCAAUCAGCGAGCUGUGAACGAUGACGUUGAUUUUGUGCGUCGUUUUAGAAUUGUAGUCUGCCCGUCAUUUUUACGGACUGGGUAACGUUUGUAAUGUCGUCAGAGUCCACGCCUGGACUGAAUUGUGGUGAUUGUAGCCCACAGAGUGAACACCUGGUUCUGUGUUAAUGGCUUCGUUCAGAGCUGUGCUGUUGAGCCAGGUCAUAAUUGGUGGCUAGCUUACAGCUAACGAGACCCCAGAAUGUUAGCUUCCAAACUUAGGAUAUCACAGGAAACAAUUUGAAAAGAUUUCAGAUGUAAACAUGUUCAGCUCCCUCAUCGCUGUGAAUGUCAGGUCCAGGCUAAUAGUUGAAUCAGCUGAACGCUGCUUUGAUUGGGAUCGAGGGUGUGGAGUUUACACAGUGCAGCCUUGACAUUACCAUCUCUUUAUGUUAUCAUUUUUCCCAUAUUUAUGGAUCAAAUAUCCAUAUAGAGGUUAUUUCUCUAAGCAGUUAGUGGUCUAGUUAACAGGAAGCUUCCAGUUUCCAGGAGUUUGGCUUGUUUCCAUAAUAGUUGCACAUGUGUAUACACAUGGUGUACAAAAGCAUUCAGCAUCCAUUUUUUUUUGCAAAUCCAAAGACAUCGACGGCAGCCAGUAAUGAAAUGGUGCAAAGUGAUCAUGUCGUUAUAUGCCAAUAAAACCGGUGUGCAACAUGAUGACCUUCGCAGUGAACAUCCGACUCGACGGCCGUCCAGCGACGACCGUCAGUGAAAAUACGAAAGGUGCUGUGAAUUUUGCAUUUCACUUUGAAGUCACUGUCCCAGAGUUUGCAGGAAGAGUAGAGAGGCUCAGAGUCCACUCCGCUUAAGGUCCAGUGACGAGUCUGCAGAUGUGAGCCCGCUGUGCUGCAUCAAGUCCAGUCAGCACAGAAUGUCUUCCAUUCUUCUUCGUUUUCCCGCAGGAUUUACGCCACACGUUAGAAAGGGCUUACAGGGGCAAUAGCCCAGGGCCCCCAACUUUUUGGAGGGGAAGGGUGCUCCCAAAGAUUUUUUAAUGAUUUGUUUUUGUUACUGAAUGCGUGUUUUGCAAAAACUCUGCUUUAUGGAGCGAACGUAGGCCCAGAUCACGUGAGUUUUAUUAUUUUUAUCAAUAUAAAUAUCCAGGUGUUUGAACAUUAUGAAGGAACGGCAGAUUUGUUUGGUAACAACAUGGAGUCGUUGGCUAGCGGACGUAUUAAACCUACGAUGCAUCAGUUCAUAGCUGCUGGUAUUUAGGACUACCUAAUGAUUCACUGUAAUUUGCUUUAGCAAUUGAAUAUUUCCUUAUCAGAUAGGGUACCAAAACUGUCUCCAGCCCAGGGCCCACAUCCUUGUAAAUCCGGCUCUGGGCAGGACUUGACACGCCCCCCACACUUGACAUCCAUGCCGAACGAACACCUGCUUUAGCAACCGUGGUGCGACUGCACCAGGCUUCCAUCAGACCCGAUCGCUCUCACUCCGCUUUGUUGUUUUUUUUAAUGGCGUGUUGAGCAAAUUCAUUUUCAAAAUGUGAAUUUGCGCAAUCAUCGGUCAAAGGAAACACAGCUUCUGACAGACCGUACGAGUUUCACUUUUGAGUUUAUUUGACUGACGUUUGAAUUUACUGAGAUGCACCUGAGAUGUUUUUGUCCUUUUCUUUUCCAAACUUCCAUGUGUCUUCGUCACGGUAGUGGCUGGCACAGCUUGGACGUGAAUUAAGAGGCGACAAAGCACACUUGUGUGGCGGUGUGUGUGAUAAUCCAGGUUAACACGUCCUCAGUUGUGAUUCCGACAUUUUGAAUUGCUUCUUUUGCUUCGUCAUGGCGCCUGACAGGGGUUGUUUUUGUUGUUUGUUUUUUCCCCCUCGCCAUCUCCCGCCAUCAUGUCUUCCUCUCUCCCUCUUAGGACCUUCCAAAAGCAGCCAGCGGAGGAAUUUAAACCCCUCAUCUGGAACACACAGAGCAGCACACUCGCAUUAAGCCGACCAAAACUCUUCCGCCCCUUGGAGACUCUUUGAGGAUGAACGUCACUGUGCCCCAUAGAACUCGUUCCCCUGUUUAGGUUCUGUUUUCUUUCCUUCCAAAGACGAUGCAUGGAUCAGAGAUAUAGAGUAUCUUAAAAAAAAUCAAACAAACAAAAAAAACAAAAAAACAAGGUGACAAAUCCCGCUCGGAAUCCCAGUAGAGGUGAAUCAUUUGGGUAUUAUUUCCCUUCCCCCCAAGCCCCAAAAUAAAACCCCCAAAAAACGUUCCGCCUAUAGUUCUAACGUAUUGUCACUGUAAUCAGUCCGGGAUUUUGCAACGUGGAAAAUCAGCAAGUGAGGAUAGUGUGCUUCUAGAGCUAGUCGAAAUGUUUAACAACUUCUCUCCCCCGUCCCCACCCUGUUUCUCCUCACCCCACACUUCCCCACCCACCUGUGGCAUACACACAUAAAUGUCACUCAUGCACACACUGACACACACUCACACUUUAAUACACACACACACAGAGAAAGACACACAGCCCUUUAACGUUUGUUUGUCAAGCAGUUUGUCUUUUUUACCUGCCGAUUCCCUCUCCUUUCCCUCACUUCCACCCCCCUCUUCCCCCCUGCAUGUCCUAGUGGUACUGGUAGUUGGGUGCAUGGAAAAAGCAGCAAGCAAAUUGUUUUUCCACUCAGUUAAAAAAAAAAGAGAGAGAAGAAUAUUAACAAUAAACGAGUUUUUAAAAAAUGUCAUAAUUUAAAACAUCCAGCAAUAAAUUCCCCUUCUCUUCA